CUCCUGAUAGUAGAAGUUUUCUGACGCGGCUCAAGCAAAAUUUUACGGCGCUCGAUUAGCUCAUGAAGGAAAUAAAUGCUCAUGUUGGCGAAUCAUCCUUACUUUCGGAUGAUAAACUUCCUGAAACAAAUAAUGCUGUAUCUCAAGACUUACCCAUUUAUUUAACCAUUUUACAUAAUCGCAUAAAGCAUCGUCUGGUUUUCCAAUCGUCUACAACCAUUGCUGAAGUUAAACAGUCUUUAGAACCUUUAACACACGUUCCUGUAGAUAUGCAAAAGUUAAUAUUUCGCGGAAUAUUGUCAGACAAUACUACUCUUGGAGAGUUGUCACUACCCGGUAAGGAUGCUAAGUUAAUGCUAGUCGGUACAAAACCUUCUGAAGCGGAACAAGUUCGUUUAUCUGAAGCAAAUAGCACUGCUAAUGAAGAACUGUCGAAUGAUUGUCAAUCGGAUGUUACGAUGGACUGGUCUGACCAGACUGAACAUAAACAAGUUUUAGAACGUUACGGAAAACCAGAGAAUGCUAUGGUCGGAAUAUUAAAUACAGAAGAAGUUUUAGAUCCUAAUGAAUGUUUACUUGGACUUUGUGACAAACGUGGGCAACCAUUGAGGUUAAGAAUUAAACCAGAUAGCGCAGAAUUAUGGUUAGCUACAAAGGAUAUAACUCAUAAAUUUCCUUUAGCCACUAUCCAUGAUGUAGUCAGUCAACCUAUAAAAGGUCAUCCGGAAUAUCAUAUCAUGGCUUUCCAGUUGGGUCCCACUCCAAAAUCUCGUUAUUUUGUAUAUUGGUUACCAUCUCAGUAUGUGGAGUCAAUCAAGACAAUGGUGUUACAGUACAAAAUAAUUACUUCAUUAAGUGGUACAACCAGAACUAAUAAACCACUUUGAAAUUGAUCACUGAUUAUACCUUGUAAACAAACAAGCGUUGCACUGAUUUCAACGAACAAAGCUAAUAUCAUCGGCUUGAAUAUUUUCAAUCUGUGCAUUAUCUUCAUUUUCCCCAAGAUUCUCUAGAUAUUGUUAAGGCUUUAUUUUUCAUCCGCUUCAGAAGUUCUUCACUAUUAUUUAAACUGUUUUGUUUUGCAUAAAACCACUGUAUUAAUGUGAAUAGAUCAAUAAAUUAUGUACAAUGCUUUACAAUGUUCUACGUUAGUUUUUGAGCGUUUUUUUAGCAACUUAGUUGACCAAAAGAUUGGGUCGCUAACGCCAUACCCAAUCCUCUUGCUUUAUCCGGACUUGGGACCGGCAGUAACCUCAAAGGGGCCCAAGCGGAGUUAAUUUUUUACGUAGUUGUUAUGUCAACAUAUGUAACUACUUUGCCCAAAAGAGGUUUUUCAAAACGUU